AUGAGCAAGAGGAGUCGACAACACAAAGCAACACCUCCUCCAACAAAGAGAGCUAGGGGGACAGAACAGGAAGUUAGAAAUAGCAAAAUGAACAUUGUAAAUUUGGUUCAAGAAAUCAAACAAUCCUUCGCAUCUCACGCGAACCCAGCAAAUGCUGCGCGCAUGAAACAGUACAUGAGGGGGAAAUUUGAGUUUUUCGGAAUUAACUCACCUCAAAGGAAAGAGUUAUCAAAGCCGUAUUUAUCCUCAAAGUUUUCUAACCAAGAAGUUCGAGAGUUCUUGAAAGAGCUGUGGUCUUCACCGGAACGUGAGCUACAAUACUUUGGAAUUGCAUACCUGAAUAAGCACGGCCUUCAAUUUGAAAAAGAAGAAUUCGAAGUGAAUUUGGAAUUUGCUCGUGGAUUAAUCACAGAGAAAUCAUGGUGGGAUACUGUGGACUGCUUGGCCGACCAUUUGGUUGGGGAUUUAGUAAGGUCUUCUCCAAGAAAAGGCAAGCAAGCGAUGAAGCUGUGGAUCAAAGAUGAAAAUUUGUGGCUAAGGCGUUGUGCUAUUCUGCAUCAGUUAUCAUACAAAUGCGACACAGACAGCCAAUUGUUAUUCGAAUUCUGCGCGUUGAGAGCUCACGAGAAAGAAUUCUUUAUUCAAAAAGCUAUUGGUUGGGCUCUUCGGGAGUUUGCCAAGACAGAUAGAGCUAAAGUUUCCAACUUUUUGAAGGCUCAUAAAGAAGGGUUGAGCAGACUUAGCUAUAGGGAGGCCACAAAGCACCUUUGAAGAACAUCAAAGACAGUCUGGAAAUGCUUGGUACCCCAGCUGUUGUUAUUGAAUAAUAAAAACAAAAUUAACAGAAAGUAAUUUUAGGCUCCUACUUUAAGGGACAAUGGAACUUAAAGACAAAUCAUAGCCAGAAUUUGGCCAGGAAAAAUGCUUUAAGGCGAGACCAAAAGCCCUAGUUUCAGUACCAACAUCAUACUUAUUCAUAUAAAAGUAUUUUAUGCAAGUUUCACUGUAAAGCUAAUUUUAAAUAAGGAUUAUUUUAUUAUUAAUUACUAAGCAUGGAGUUAGAGUGGUUUUCAAAAACCAGUAAAAUACUAUUUAGUUUUUUUAGUACUAAUACACAGUAAUGUCUUUGU